AUGACUCUGUUUCACCAUUGCGGAGCCAUAAAGACUCGACCAUUCCUCGCGCCAUUUCUUCACAUUCCACCAAUGCCCAUCGUUUCCUUGGUCGGAUUUCCACUCUCUGUGAAACCGGAAACCUCCACGAGUCCUUUCGUGUCGUCGAGGAAUUCGCUUGGGACGAGUCAUCGUCGUCCGAUGCGUUUCUUCUUGUCCGAGAAGCUCUCGGGCUUCUCUUACAAGCUUAUGGGAAGAGAAAAGACAUUGCUUUGGGGAGAAAGAUCCACAAGCUGGUUUCGAAAGAAUCUCUUCCAGUGGAAUGAUGUUAUCACUUCUUACUCAAGAAACGAGCUUUACCACGAUGUGUUAGAGAUAUUUAUCAAGAUGAUCACAGAGAUUGAGCUUUUACCUGAUAAUUUCACUUUUCCAUGUGUGAUUAAGGCUUGUGCUGGGAUUACUGAUGUUGGGAUCGGCCUUGCGGUUCAUGGGUUGGUAGUGAAGAACAGAUUGAUAGAUGACGUUUAUGUGAGUAACACAUUGGUGUCUUUCUAUGGAACACAUGAAUGUUUCUUGCUUCUUGGAGAAAUGAUGGAGGAAGUUGAUGGUGAGUUUAUGCCGGAUGUUGCUACACUUGUUACGUUGUUACGGGUCUGUGCGAGAGAAAGAGAAAUUGGGGUGGGUAAAGGUGUUCAUGGGUGGGCUGUUAAACUAAGUUUAGACAAGGAAUUAAUCGUUAAAAAUGCCUUAAUGGACAUGUAUUCUAAAUGUGGUUGCAUAAACGAUGCACAAUUCAUAUUUAAGUUGAACAAUAACAAGAAUGUGGUUUCUUGGAAUACAAUGGUAGGAUGUUUUUCAGCAGAAGGGGAUAUACAUGGGACUUUUGAUAUUCUGAGACAGAUGCUGUCAGGAAGCAGAGAUGUCAAAGCGGAUGAGGUAACUAUACUAAAUGCUGUACCUGUUUGUUUCGAUGAAUCAGUCUUACCGAGCUUGAAGGAACUUCAUUAUUACUCCUUGAAACAAGAGUUUAUACACAAUGAGUUGGUAGCCAAUGUCUUUCUUACUUCUUAUGCAAAGUGCGGUUCACUGAGUUAUGCCCACCGUGUUUUUCGUGGUAUAAGGAAUAAACCAGCGAAUUGGAAUGCUUUGAUUGGUGGCUAUUCUCAGAGCACUGAUCCUAGAUUGUCCUUGGAUGCCCAUUUGCAGAUGAAAAAUUCUGGAUUGCUACCUGACAUGUUUACUGUCUGUAGUCUUCUUUCAGCUUGUUCUCAACUAAAAUCCUUGCAGGUAUUAUUUGAUGCAACGAAAGAUAAAAGCUUAGCAUCAUGGAAUAUUACGAUCACUGGUUACCUUCAGAAUGGAUUUCCUGAGAGAGCUUUGGGUCUCUUUAGAAAAAUGGUUUUGUAUGGAAUCCAACCUUGUGAGAUUUCUAUGAUGGGUGUGUUUGGUUUUUGUGGUUUGAAGGAGAAAAGCGCAGCAUCAUGGAACGCCAUGAUUAUGGGAUGUGGAAUACAUGAGCGAGCAAAAGAGGCUAUUAAACUCUUUGAAGAGAUGCAAAGAACAGGUUAUAGUCCUGAUGACUUAACUUUCUUAGGUGUUCUAAUGGCUUGUAACCACGGCGGUCUGAUCCACGAAGGGCUGAGAUAUCUGGAUCAGAUGAAGCAUUCCAUUGGGCUAAAGCCAAAUUUAAAGCAUUAUGCUUGUGUCAUUGACAUCUCGUGCAGAAUCCAUCGAAAUAUGGAAAUGGGAGAGAAAAUUGCUGCUAAGUUAUUCGAACUAGAACCUGCAAAGCCUGAGAAUUAUGUUCUGCUUUCCAACUUAUAUGCAGGGCUGGGGAGAUGGGAUGAUGUGAGGAACGUGAGGCAGAGAAUGAAAGAGAUGAGUUUGCGAAAUGAUGCUGGAUGCUCCUGGAUCGAACUAAACGGAAAGGUUUUUAGCUUUGUUGCUGGCGAAAGUUGCUCAGAUGGGUUAUGA